AUGCCUCACAAUGCUCAUAGGUGCUGCCCCAAACAAUCACAGCAGUGUAGCAGCCACCCUGCAAGAGCAGCACUUUGUACGCAGCUUUGUUCAGCCAGGCAAAAGUCAACCAAAGCUAGAAGAGGCCGCAGCCCUUCACCGCCCCCAUUAUCCCCUGUGGAGGCGGAUGAAUAUGAUUCUUUGAAAGAAUCAGUUGCAGGUUCUUUAGUUUUAGAAAACCAAAUUGAAAUCAGUUCUAAACAGCCUCCAUCCCUCUUGCCAGCUGAAAGAAGUUGCUCUGAGUGUGGACAUAAAGAUAAAAUAUUCAUUGUAGAAGCGUCUGAUAACUCAGAGGAAACUUUUCUGUGUGUAAAUCGAGAAAAUCGCCUUAUGAUUUCUGAUAAGCUUGAAAAAGUUGAAAACGUAGCUGCAUUUCAAGACUUAAUGGAUCGAAUUAAUGAGAAAUUAAAAUUAAUAGAAACUACUGAUACUACUGAUAAAGCAAACCCUGCAAAACUAUUGAAGAGUGAUGGGAAAACAGAAACUGAUACUAAAUUGCAAAAGUUUAUAGCAUCUCUCUUAUGCAACGCUAAGGCAAAUGAUUACAAUUUUAUGGAGCUGUUGAGCCAACAUGACACAGAAGCGCAAAAUAAUAUCCAAACCAGAUUUCGCAAACGACAAGAAACCUUGUUUGCAAGGCAGAAUCCCCCCAAUUCAUCAUUGUUUAGACGGCAGUCUUUGCAGCUCAAGAGGGAACUUGCUAGACUUGAGGAAACCUUGAUAAAGAGAAAGGCAGCUUCAGAGAAAAAUAUGAAAAAGCCUACAAAAAACGACAAACUAUCACCAAGCACAACUGACAAUCAUAGAAUGGUGGGAUCCAUCAGUUUCCAAUGA